CUCUAGUUCAGUACAUACCAAAGCGUUGUCGACGAUUGUGGUGGUGUAAUACAGUUUUGCGCAGUCAGUCGGUGUGAGUAAGCUGCUCUUCAAUAUGGGACGAAUGUUUAAUUUCUGUUUGGUGGCGGUCCUGCUAGUAGGUGUCUAUGGAGAUGAGAGCUCUACGUCUUCUGUAGCCCCUCCUCCUACCAACGAAACUCCUCCAACAACCACCACCACUUCAACAAGUACCACGGACUCUACCACAAGCACCUCGUCCACGACCUCAGCCCCUACCACAUCCACGAGCACCACUCCUGCCACAUCCACAACCACCAUUCCAGCCUCUACCACCUCAUCGCCCGUCACGACCCCAGCUCCUGUUAAUGACGAUCAGUUCUACAGGGUUACUGAAGACAACGUGACAUGCAUCAUGUUCUCGGGAGACGUAAAGUUCACUGUGACGUACCCUCAGGCUGGUGGGAAGGUGAACACUACGACAGUGAAGGUGCCUAAAGCCAAUGACAAGACGAGGCCGGCUACCAGCAGCGGCUCGUGCAACGGCAGCGAGCAGUAUCUGCUCGUCGAGUGGGGUGCCACCAACAAGAACUCGAACUUCCGUCUUACUUUCAACUCGACCGGACUGAAGUGGGAGCUGGUCCACACGGAAGCUAACAUCUACAUGGAUGAGGCAACCUUCGUGAAUGCUUCUGACAUCGGGCAAGAAUUGACGGUGAUGGGCGAAUUCCCUGGCUUGAGCUACGUAGCUGUUGACACGAACAGCAGCCUCACCUGUCGCGCCCUCACCGAGAGCAGCAACUUCACCGGCCAGGUACUGAAUUCAUCCAGCAAAUUCGUGGUUGCGGCUAGUGCCGUGGGUGUGGAGAUGCAGGCCUACAACAGCGUGCCCAACACCACGAACCUGCAGCAAGGUUCUCGGUGCGAAAUGGACAUCACGAGUGACCUGGUGCCAAUAGCAGUCGGCUGCGCGUUGGCGGGGCUCGUGCUGCUUGUGCUCAUCAGCUACCUUGUGGGACGUCGGCGCCGUUCUGCUGCCUACCAGAGCGUCUAAGUUUCUCAUAGAUUCUAAACUUCAUCGCUGGAGUGAAGUGCGCACCACUUGAAACUUCAGUAAUCUUAACAGCCCUGUUUCCUCCUGGUUGCGUUAGAUUAUGGCUAAUUUAGCUGAUCAAUUUUUGGCUAGGAUUGGUAUUUCGACUUGUGGCUGAGGUCGUGGAUUUACCAACAGUGAAAUAGUCGGUGCUCAGUCGGAUCUGAAUCAAAUUUUGGGGUUUCUUUAGCCGCUAAUAAUUGUGGACAUCUUUCAUUCUAUUGUUUACGGUAGAUUAAUUUCAAUAAAAUAUCUAAAGUAAUAAAUUUAUAUUAAAAGGAGCUGUUAUUCAUAGAAUUUUAUCCUCGAUGAAUGUAAUGAACAAAUAAAUACAUAGGAUGCUCGUAUCUUCGUCUAAUCGCAUUCCAUUUGACGCGCUGUUAUGUGGGUAAACUGCCUCGUUCCAGCAGGCGGAAUGAGGAAUGGUGACAUACAGUGCGACAAUUGUUGGUUAUGUGUAUUGAAGAAUAUAACUAUAUUUUA